CACUUCCGGCUUCGUUUGUUUAUUUUCCGUCCGUGCACUAGCAGGGGAGUGAGCCUUUGCUUCGGUGUUUUCCGGGAGACCGCGCUCUCUGCUUUCCGGGCAUCUCAUUGGUGUUCCCGGGGACGGGUCCGAGGCGGCGAUGGUGGCGGCGGUGGCGCUGAAGGCGGAAGCGGAGGACCCCGGCGACUGGCGGGACCCCGAAAGCUCCCGGAGACGCUUCCCGUGGCUGCGCUACAGGGACGUGUCCGGCCCGGAGGAGGCGCUGAGCCGCCGGCCGGAGCUGUGCCGCCGCUGGCUGCGGCCCGAGCGGCGCUCCAAGGAGCAGAUGCUGGAGCUGCUGGUCCUCGAGCAGUUCCUCAGCCUCUUACCGCGCCGGCUGCGGGACCCUGUGCGCCACCGGCGGCCUGAGAGCGCGCGCCCUGCACCCGUUCUCCCCGCAGGCCACCACAAUCAAAGCCGAGGCUGGAUCUCCCACCCGGGGAGAAUGGCAGCAGCUGGCCUCCGACCCCCAGAACAGCUCGUGCGAGGAGAGCACGGAGGACUAUGGGAGCACGGCCAUGUUGGAGGGUGGGAUUCCUCCACUCUCCCUGGUUUUGGCACUUCCCUUUCCUGGCUACCUGAUUGCUGCAUGUCUGCAUCCAACACCAGCUGAUUGAUGCAGAUGUUUCCUAUAUCCACAACAGCACCAAGGCAGCUACCACAAGUUUUCCAGUCUGACCACACAGACUUCCUCAAGCUGGACUUGCAGUUUUUUUCCCAGCCAUGGAUGUUCUCACAGACCCUGAGCAGCAUCAAAACAGCCUGUUCUUCAUGGACUUGACCAGAGUUUCAGCCUUUUGACCUACCUACAGAGACCACAGUAUCAGCAGGACAAACCAGAAGAAAAUCAACACCUGUUAUUCACUUAUUAUUAUCAAAAGCCCAGAAUGAUGUGUUUCAGGCCCAGUACAGGUAGCUCCAGGUUCUCCCAGCAUUCCUCAGUCCUUACUUGUUAGCUUGCAUGGAUGGCAACUCUACAGGCCACCCCCUACCCUGAACUUUCCAGGGCAGUGGAUUCUUCUUCUCCUCCUCUUGAUCAUGUAAUCUGGAUAUGUUGUUAUUAUCUCUCUCUCUCUAUCUCUCUCUCUCUCUCACUCACUCACUCUCUUGCAUGGCAACCAAGAGCUGCUUCCAGUGAACCUAAAUGUAUAUACUUUAACUUGCCUUACAUGAGACGCAGCCAAAGCUCCUCAGUUUUUAAUUAUUAAAAAAAAGGAAGAAUGUUAGCAUUCAGGCAGCCUGCUUCUCAGUUGCCUAGCAACCUAUGAUGUCAUCAUGUGUCACUGACCAAGUAGCUAUACCUGGCAGGCAUGGUUACAUGUUGCUCCUUAACAGGUUCAACCUGCCACUUCGUCUCUCUUGCCCUCUCCCCGUUUCUGUUGGGGCAUCCCAUACCUUCCCCCAUCCUGUCUCACACUCUCCUCUUUCUUCAUCUCCAUCCAAUAAACCUCUUUCAUAUAAAAUCUGCUGUGCACAUCAUCAUUUCUUAGGUCCUAACAGUCCUGGACUCUGUCAACCAGGCCGAUAUUGAACUCACAGAGACAGCCUGUGUCUGCCUCUCAAGUGCCUGGAUUAAAGGUUUGUGCAACCAUGCCUAGCAAGACGUUAGAUUUUUAAGGAUUUGAUUAAGGGAGGGUUUCUUACAUCCUAAACUUUUUAUAAGAUUUCUGAGUGGCUGGAUGACGGGACCUCUGAUUAUUAUUAUUUGUGUAUGUGUGUGUGUGUGUGUGUG